GUGGGGCCCAUCUGUCCGUGGGCGCGCGCAGACAACCACCGCCGGAGACCCCGCUCCGGCAAGCAACUCACCUGGCCGCGCCGCGACCUUGCCCUCCCCGGCCCUCUUCCGUCCUCUCCCCCGUCGCCGCGGCGUGACCCAAUCAGAAUCCGACGGGGGGUCUCGCUCUCGCCCACACCGCUUGCGUGGCUUCCGUAGCCCCUAUGCGCACACUUCCCUUCAAAGCCACUGAUUCAUCCCAGUUCCUCUACUUAAGCGCACGCCUCCAGGGCUUCCUUCCUGUGUCCUGCACUCGCUCGCCUCUUCCGUCGGGAGGCCUUGGAUGGUGGCCCCAUGGUGAGCAGCUCCCUAAGUUUGUAGACACAUGGGUUCGAUUAGAGUUUACAAGUGGAAGCGUAUGGGUACCAAGGAAGCAUCCCCUCGUACUGUCCUCUGCCUCUUCUUUCUUUUCUGCUUAGGCUGCAAAUGCCUAGCGUCAGAAUUCGAAGCCACGCAGACAGCAACCCUCAAGGUUGAUGCCUCACCGCAGCUUGCUCGGAAGAUUCCUGAUACACUAUUUGGGAUCUUUUUUGAGGAGAUCAACCAUGCAGGAGCUGGUGGAAUAUGGGCUGAACUCGUUAGUAACAGAGGUUUUGAAGCUGGAGGCCCCCAUACUCCAUCAAACAUUGACCCAUGGUCCAUCAUUGGAGAUGACUCCUCCAUAUUCGUGGCGACUGAUCGUACAUCAUGUUUCAGUCGAAACAUUGUUGCUCUAAGGAUGGAGGUCCUCUGUGACGACUGUCCAGCUGGGGGUGUUGGCAUUUACAACCCAGGAUUCUGGGGCAUGAACAUAGAAGAUGGAAAGACAUACAACCUAGUUAUGUAUGUUAAGUCACCAGAAACAACAGACUUGACAGUUUCGUUAACGAGUGCUGAUGGGUCGCAAAAUCUGGCUUCAGCUACGGUCACAGUUUCUGGCACAUCAAAUUGGACAAAACUGGAGCAGAAGUUGGUUGCUAAAGGAACCAAUAGAACCUCAAGGCUUCAAAUAACGACUAACAAGAAAGGAGUAGUCUGGUUUGAUCAAGUAUCACUCAUGCCUGAAGACACAUACAAGGGACACGGUUUUCGCACAGAACUUAUAUCCAUGCUUUUGGAUUUGAAGCCACGAUUCUUGAGAUUUCCCGGAGGCUGCUUUGUAGAAGGUGAUUGGUUGAGGAAUGCCUUCAGGUGGAGAGAAUCUAUUGGUCCAUGGGAAGAGAGACCUGGACACUUUGGGGAUGUUUGGCAUUACUGGACUGAUGAUGGCCUUGGAUAUUAUGAAUUUCUUCAGCUUGCGGAGGACCUGGGUGCUGCCCCAAUCUGGGUGUUCAACAAUGGAGUCAGCCACAAUGAUGAAGUUGAUACUGUUGCUAUUGCUCCUUUUGUAAAGGAUGUGUUGGACAGUCUCGAAUUUGCAAGGGGGAGUGCAAAUUCAACAUGGGGCUCUGUUAGGGCUUCAAUGGGUCACCCUGAACCCUUCCCGGUGAAAUAUGUUGCAAUUGGAAAUGAAGACUGCGGGAAAAAAUUCUACCGUGGUAACUACCUCAAGUUCUACAAUGCUAUAAGACAGGCCUAUCCUGACAUUCAAAUGAUCUCAAACUGUGAUGGUUCAUCUAGACCACUUGAUCAUCCUGCCGAUUUAUAUGACUUCCAUGUCUACACUGACUCGAAGACUUUGUUUAACAUGAGGAGCACAUUUGACAGAACAUCUCGUAGUGGACCCAAGGCUUUUGUGAGUGAGUACGCUGUUUGGAGAAGUGAUGCAGGUAGAGGAAGUCUUCUUGCUUCAUUGGCAGAAGCUGCUUUCCUUACUGGGUUGGAGAAUAAUAGUGACAUUGUUCAGAUGGCAAGUUACGCUCCACUGUUCGUGAACGACAAUGAUCAAACCUGGAACCCAGAUGCUAUCGUCUUUAACUCAUGGCAACAUUACGGAACUCCUAGUUACUGGAUGCAGACACUUUUCCGUGAGUCCAGUGGUGCUAUGAUUCAUCCAAGCAAAAUCAGUUCCAGCUACUCUGGUUCUCUGGCAGCAUCUGCAAUUACUUGGCAAGAUUCAGAGAAUAGCUUCCUAAGAGUAAAGGUUGUAAACUUUGGAUCAGAUGCUGUUAGCCUCACAAUCUCCACAAGUGGACUUCAGGCUAGUGUUAAUGCUCUGGGAUCAACCGCCACUGUUCUCACAUCUGGGAAUGUGAUGGACGAAAAUUCUUUCAGCAACCCAAUCAAGGUUGCGCCGGUGAAGAGCGCGCUGAGCAAUGCCGCAGAGCAGAUGCAGGUCACUCUGGCUCCUCACUCCUUCAGUACGUUCGAUCUCGCGCUGGCGCAAUCCAAACUUGUUGCGGAGAUGUGAAGUGUGAUACACGAGGCUGGGGACAGAUACACGAGGAAUACACUGCACAUGGUGUGAUACGCAAGUACCAGCAACCAGGGAGUUGCUGCUGUUAGCAUCUUGAUAAAGCUUUGUAUAGUGUAACAUGAUGCAGAUAUACAGUACUAAAUAAAAAUCACAUCAGGUUGGUUUGCUGUUGA